CUUUGUUUCUCCUCUUCUUCCCCCUCUUCCUCGCCAGAUCAUAACCAUCGCAAUAAUAAUCCUGCGUGCACUGUCCCCCGGGCCAUUCGCAAUCUGCUCUCGUGGUACUCGGCCUGCAAUCCGGGGAAACGCUCCCCGUCACCCCUGUCACCUUGCAGCACUACCACUGUUGCUCUACAAAAAGCCCUUGUUUCUCCCCCGGCCCAGCAUGGCUCCCUCAGUGUCUCCCCCCAGAAACCCGCCUUUUCUCGGUUCACCACCUCUCCCUCCGACCUCUCCGCCAAGAAGGACCAUCUUCGUGAUUCUUCCCCACAUUCGUCCGCUUCCUCCACUUGCUCCCGGUCGAAUAGUCGUCGCCGCCGCCCAUCUCUCGGCUCUAUCAAGGAAGACGUCGACGGCAUUGCACAGUCUUUCGUCGAUACUCAUUCUCCGCAGUCUCAAGAAGACAAGGACUCUGCCGUUUUCGAUAUGCAGCACACUCCAGACUUUUGCUGCCCUUGUGGCGGUUUCCUCGGAUGGAAGCAGAUUCGCCUGGGUGGAAAGAGUCUUAGCAAGAGUUACAGUGACCUGCGUUUGCUGGGGAACACCCACUCCAAAGGCUGGGCCUGGGACACAGACUCUCCGCCGCUUAGCACGGCCAGACCACGGCCAUUGGAGCAAAAGAAACCGCAACCGGUUCCCGGAAAUGCACCGAUUGAGAGACUACCUCCCGAAAUUCUAGACCAAGUCAUAUCGAAUCUGGCACUGGACAUUCCACCCAACGGCUACACGCCUCGGAAUGUGGACUUGGUGUCGUGCCUCCUGACGUCUCGUACGCUGCACGCCGCCACGCUCAGCGUGUUGUACAGACACAUGACUUUCCCGCACUCCGUCAUCUUCUCCAAGGCCCUGCAGCACCUCUCCCAGUAUCCCGCUCUGGGCACACUCGUCCGUCGCCUAGACUUCUCCCAUUUCACCUCCGUCGGCCUGGGACGCACCAAGCAGAUGAAUGCCGAGAUCCAGAAUCUGACUGCAAGGACGCUGCUGCAGUGCUUGAAUCUCCUGCCCAACCUUAAAGAAUGUCUACUUCAAGAGCAUGUCGAGAAUGAUAUUAGCAUCGACAUCAUGCGAAAAUUGCUCUCCGGUCUUCCCAACAUGCAGGCCCUCGACUUCUGUGGCUGCUCCUCCCAGUCCUUCUCUACGACAUUUUUCGACGCCGUGGUGCUAGGACUACCAUCGACCCUGCCCAAUCUCAAACGUAUCUCUCUCCAUGAGUGUAGCAGUCUCCCUACGGUUGUCUUUGAGGUUCUCCUGCCGCGUUUGACCAACCUCACGCACCUAGACGUGGCCCACACGCAGAUCAGCGAGGCGGCCUUGUUUUCCAUUCCUGAAACCGCCUGUAUCACACACCUGAGCCUCUCCCGUUGCACCCGCCUCAUCGGUUCUACGGUUGUGAACUUCUUGACCACGCAUCCGGCCGUGUGCAACUCACUCGUCUACUUGAAUCUGAUGGCGGACCCGUCCCGCUACCGGCUCUUGGAGGAGGAGGAUUUGCAGGUCCUUCUUCCCAAGCUGCCGUCAUCCCUGCGUUCUUUGAAUCUGGGAGGGGCAAAGAUCACUUCGGUGCACACCCCUCAUCUUCUCCCUCUAACCAAGCAUCUCGAAGAGCUUGGCCUGAGCUCCGCGGACCUCUCCGCGGCCGACCUCAAUUCCUUCUUUGUCCCUCGCCAAACGGAUGACAAAGAGACGACGAACAGAGAAGCCUGGGUCCCGUCAAACCUGCGUUACCUUGAUCUUACCAGGGCACCGCGUCUGUCAUUGGCCACGAUCUACAACACAAGCGCCUGCCUAUUGCUGUCCGAGCGCAGCUAUCCACUGCAGGUGAUUGAAUUUAGCGACAAGAUCAUCACCCCUCUGCGAGAACGGACCAAGACAAGUAGAUCCGCGACCGGCUGGACUGUUCGUGAACUCGGCCGGCGAGGCUGGUAUGUUCGAGAUCCUGCAUCCAUGCCACAGCACCCCCCGGAUGAUGGAUCCCGUUGGUGGAAGAUGGGUGCCCGGUGGUGGGGAAUGCGAAAGAUCCCCGUUGUUGUCGGCGAUGUUGGUGGGAUCUACGGACAUUACAUGUUCAAGAAAUGAAUUGCGAUUCAUUUACAGCGAUGGUUCGUUUCUGACUACUUUUUUUUUAUUAAAAAAAUACCCCUCAAUCUGUCCGUUAUUUUUCCUCUGCAUCUCUCUCUCUCUCAGGCGGCGAAUUGUGAUUGAUGAUUUCCCCGGCGGUCUGGUUCGGUAUUUACGGGUCGCAGUGGUCUUUUUAUCAAAAUAUCUGUCAUGCAUAGCGGUAAUGAUCUCUUUUCUGAUGGUUUACAUGUCUAUUUGGCGUUGUUUGCAGGAUAUCCCCAAAAGAAGGAUUGCCAAAAGUCUGCUUGUUAUUCAUAAAGCGCGCUAGGUUGUGAUUAUAUUAGUGCUCAUUAUUUCAUCAGACCUGCUAUUGAUUCUA